GGGAACCCGCCGCUGACGCUGGCCCCGAGAGGCGGGGGAGGGAGCCCUGGGAAGCACCAGCGGCUGGUACCAGGUGUCCUGGCAGCACAGGAGCGGGGGAGCGAGCCCUGGCAUGGAGACCUUCCCUUGCCCCAGCUGAAGGUGACUGGCGGAAGCGGCUGGUGAAAGUGGUGAGCAGUCGGCCCGCGGGAGGCGGUGAGCUGGCGGGGCAGUGAGGAACAGUGCCUGGCGGGGUGGCCAGCGAGAGCAAGUGCUAAGAUGGUGGAGCAAGCCAGGAGCCCCCUUCGUUAGGUGGGAGGUGAACUCACACAGAUGCACCUCUGAAUCCUGGAUCCUCACUGACCAAGGACAACCACCGUGAGUGGGGCUGCCUCGGUGGAUGAUGCUGUGCUGAGGAAAAAGGAGCAGAAAGAUGUUGAACUGGAUAAGAAAAUCCUGGCUUUGCGGAAAAAGAAUGAAGCUCUCAUACGAAGGUACCAGGAAAUAGAAGAGGACAGAAAGCGAGCAGAGCAGGAGGGGAUGGCUGUCACUUCCAGGAGACCCAAGCAGGAUGGUCUGACUAUUACUAUCACCAAGGCCCAUAAUGAGAAAAGGGUGGUGAGUGAGAAAUGGGGAAGCACCUGCCCCACCAGCCCAGGGUUUGGAGUUGGCAGUGAGGAGGAAGAUGAGGAGGAAGCAGAUCAUAUGUUUACAUUCAGGAUGGGGAAGAGGAUGCAGCUAGCUGUUACUAUGGACAACAAAGCCAAGGGGAAGCGGAUUGUCAGUGAGAAACGGAGUUCAGAUGGCCUCCUGAGCCAAGGUGGGGACCCAGACCUGAGUGAGGAAGAGGUGGACCACCUGGUAGCUUUCCGUAGAGGGAGACGGAUGCAGAUCGCCAUCACCAUGGACAACAAGGAAAAAGUGGAUGAAAGAAGAACAGUGGAGAGGAGGCGAUCAGACACUGACAAGUAUCCAGAGAGUGAGCACAACAUAAAGGAGGGAGGGAAACCUCUCCAGAAGAGUCCAGGAGACAUGGGUUUCACCAUGACUGGACGGGAACGCUCAGAAUACGUGCGAUGGAAAAAAGAACGAGAUCAGAUCGACCUUGAGAGGCUAGCGCGCCACAAGAACGCAAAGGGCGAAUGGCGACGGGCUUGGGAUGUAGAAAAGUCAGAGCACAUGUUUGAGGAGGACUUUAGUAAGGAUGGGGAGCCAGUCUUGGAUAAUCUCAGCAGUAAGAAAGGGGGAAGAAACGCCAGGAAAUUCCAGCACAGGUCCUUUCCUUUUGAAGGGAGAGGUGGAGGACAAAGUACUACGAACACAAGUGAGCCUGCUUCCAAAACAGUACCAGUUGUGAGCAGUAAAGCCAGAGGAAAGGAUAGACUGACUGGCAGAGCCAGAAGAUGGGAUGCAAAGGAAGGUGAAGACAUGCCCUUUCUAAAGGAUGACCCUGAUAACCAGAGAUCCACCAGUGCUGACACGCUGAAGAGCAAAGUUUCAGCGGGCAGGGAGGUGACAGAACAGAAUUGCACAGCAGACCAGGAAGAGAACAUGGAGCAGCAAAGGCCCCAAGACCCUGGUUUCUUCUCAUCACAAGGGGAGAGAGGUGGGAAGGUUCUGCCUGCACAGGACAAUCAGAGGGAGAAACAGCGAGCAGGGAAGUGCCUCAGCAAGGAAAUGGCAGCGUCCAGUGUGGGUGACUCCGAGCCAGAAUCCAAGCUAAGUCAGGAAGGAAUUCUGGAAGCUAACACUGGGAAGCCUAGCACGACCAAUCUCUCCCAGCAGGGCAGCUGCACGAACAGCAGCACUUCCCAAAGCAUCACUACAAGCACUAUGCAAGCUGCUGGCCUUGGCAGAAAGGGAAGCAUGUCAACACCCCUGGGAAAUGGCUUAGAGAAAAAUGCUCUGUCAGAAAGAGAGCCCAUUGAGGACUCUUCAGAAAGCCUCAGCGGAAAGCUGGAAGAGGCAGCACGUGGUAGAUGUGAUGGAGCCAAAGGACUGUCACUGAGGAGAGUGGAUGAGGUGACCCAAUACACUGGUUCUGAGGGGCAAAACGUCACAAUAAAAGGAGGCGAGGUAGCCACAUGCCUUGAACAUAGAGGGGAUCCUGCAUCUCCAAGGAAAGACAUCUCAGACAAGAUUGGGGUCUCUCAGCAGGAUGGGGCAAAAGCACAGAACAAGAAAGGUGACCACCCUGAGAAGUGCAGUUACAAGAACAGUGGGGACAGUCAGAACUCAAGGAGAAUACACUGGAUUGCAAGAGAUUGAAGGACAAAGUGCUAAGGGGUGGUUGAUAAGAAAGGAAGCUGAGCACAAUCUUCUCCUCACUCUCAGAGCUUGUAUGAAAUCAACUUUGGGCACCAGGCCUUCACCUUUCAUCAUCCAGUAUCAACAUUCACCACAAACUAGAUCUCACUGGUCAGUAGCCAUUCACCUCCCUGAAACUGACUGUUCACAAUUUUGGCAUCACCUCUCAGUACCUGUCUCUGUGCCAAAUGACAGAGAAAUCUACAACUCAAGUUGCCAGAGGGAAGAGAAGAUGAAACACUGUCACUUUUAUUUUGUAUUUGUUUUUCUUACAUUGUGAGUGUGUGGCAAGCCAUGACUUAUAUACUGUAUGCACUUUAUUUUAUUUAAUAACCAAUUCUAUUUAAAACUGAGGUUUGGUUUUCAGCGCCCCCCUUCUGCUUAAGGACUGACAUGAUACUGCACCCUCCAGGAAAGCAUGAUAGAAGUGUUUAAGGGUUUAUGGGGAGUGCUUAUCUUGUAGCUUUGUAGUUAAUAUGGGCAACUGCCAGAUUAGAAGGUAGUAGGGAGGGGGUUCCUGUCUCCUCAUGAGAAAGGGUGAUGGAAGAGAUAGGUUUUAUGGGGUGGUGUUAAAGUGUAGUUUUGUAGGUGGCUGAGAAAUUGAAGGGUGUUGGGUAAGGUGGAUUAUACUAGAGCCUCAAAAUGGCUGAAGAGUUGGCAAGGAUGCAAGAACAUACUGUCGUACUGUCAUCUGGUAGACAAUGGGGCAUUGAGGAGGUAGAGUGUUAAGGAGUUACACUGUGGUUCAUGGAUAAUUUUGAAAGGCUCAGAAUGACUCAUUGGUGCCACUGUGUUAUUAAGGAGGUCACCAUUUCCUCCUUUUGGAUUUAGCAGGCACAAGUGGCAGGCAGCAUGUUAACUCUGUGGAGAUUAGGCUUUCCUGAGUAAGAUACUGGAUUGAAUGGAUAUGAGUGCCAUUUGAAGGGAUUCUGGCAAAGUGCCAGGUCUGCUUCUUAAGACCCAGUAGCAACUGGUACCUACUUGGUCAAGUGAGCUAAUGGCACCUAAAAUCACAUGCACCAGGCAGGGUUAGGAGGGGCAUUCAAACAUGGUAAUCCUCCUUGUCUACCUAACCCACCAAGAAUUUGCUAGCACAUGUGAGGACAUUUGUGUAAAGACUUCUGGGCUAGUUAGGGUUGAACAUCCAGGUUUCCUCUGAGAUCCUUUCACUUUCCGAACAACGCCCUCUGUUCUCUUAACCUUCCAAAGCCUUCUGCUUGCAUAAGAAGAUACAGUAGUGACUUUCCAGGAAUCUGCCACAUUAGGUUCUUUUGUUUUAGCCUUAAGACAAGACACCUUUCAUAAGAAGUUUACCAAUCCUCUACUAGGGUAAAUCAGAAUAGCUUCAUUGAUUUCAACAGAAACAUUCUAAUUUACAUUAAGGGCCUGGCUCAAAAAUGUCAUCCAAUUAAAGAAAAGAUGGGAAGUGGGCUUGAGAGAUUACAUUACAUACUUUCAGGCUGAUGACUUACAGAGAAGGGGGACUGUCCUCAUUUUCAAACCUGGCCCUGAGAUGUGAAGCAGUUUCAUCCUUUCCAUUGAAGGGAGAUGUGGAUGUGUGCAUGGAGAUUUAUUUGGUUUCCCCGCAAGAAGUGUUGCUAACCCAAAUGACAGACUGCUUUACUGAUGAGAUUGGCAUGAGUGCACUGGAAUGCUGUUUUAAUAAACUAAUAUUUUCACAGAGAGAUGUUCUGGUUUUCCCCGAAAUUCAGAGCCAAUGCAUUCAGCUGGCUUUCACUCAAGAAGACAGAGUUAGGCAAUCUCUUCUGUGUGCCAAAUUUGUGAUAGUUCACUGACCCAUCCUGAGGCUGUUAGCAAGAGAAGGAGCAGAAGAUCGCAUGCUAUAAUCAUGUUUUAUUAGAAACAAUUUUCCUGCAGUUUAGAGCUAAAGUUACAGAUAAAGUGGGUUAUAAAACUGCUUCAAUUCCUGGAAGUUCUUCUAGCUCAUUAAAGGGUGAAUUUCCACAUCCCAUGAGAUACUGGGUUGGAGGAGCAGCUGGAUCAGGGGACCAGUAAUUGGUUAUAAACUCAUUUAUAUCUAGCACCCUGACCUCACUUUGAACCAGAUUGGAAUUUUAAAAUAAUUAGCAGUAUAUAGCUUGGUAGCCUAUGUAAAAAGGAGAUGGUAAUCUCAGUCCAAUUCCCAGAAGGUUCACAACCAAAAUAUUCCCUUCUUCCUGGAGCUUGUUUCUCCAAGUCAGAAUUAAGGCACCAUGGGUGGGGUAGUAUGCAAAAGUUUCACUGCUUCCUGACCCCACUUCUACAGCUAAAGAGAGGAGUUCACUUUCAAUUGUGGUACACUUAGCAUCUUGUGCUAGGCUAAAUUCAGCAUCAGGAAAAACUGCUGUUUAAUUCACCCUCUUCCUCUCUUUCCCCCAAGCUCACAUAAUUUAGCAUGUAAUAAGUAGUGCAUAGGGAAGAACAUGAUAAUGGGCUUCAUGGAACGUACUGUCCGAUGGUCCAUGCUAUUAACAUUAAGUUUCCUUAAUUAAGUACAGGAUGUUCAUUCUGUCUAAAACCAGUUUGUUCCAAUUGUUGGAGAAUCAUGACUACUAUUUAUUUCUUCUGUACAAGGGUUAUAUAUAUAUAGGGGAAGGUGGAGGUGAUUGAAAAAUUGAAGUGUAAGGAUUAUUUUUGUUAAAUAAAAGUUGUAAGGAGGAAAAGACAAAGUUCCAAUUUGUUACCAUUUCUCUCUCUUGAGGAUGGCUGGAAAGGUCUUUGAAAGGGACUCGUAACCUUUGGCUUCUCUACCAAGAGCAGCAGCGGAGUUGGAUAGGAAUUUUAUUUCUUGCCCUCCCCAUUAGUCUUCCCAAGUCCAUCCUACUCUUGGUAGGAAUGUUAACACCAGCUCAUUUAACAGACUCAUCAACCUCACUGUGAAUCACUAUUAAGAAUUUGGCCCAUGUCCACAAGUUCUAUCCUGUACCUGGCCUUGCAAGUCAAGACUAUUUAAAAACAAAAAACUUACAUAUUAUUUUAAGGAAAUAUAUGAGCCACCACACUCCUCUGUGCUCUGACUUGGCUAACCGAGCUCAUGGGAAGUUUGCAGGGAUUACAUAGUCUAAUACCUACUUAGUAAACCGAGGUUGGAUCUCUUCAUGCUGAUGACAAAGGCCAUUCAUUUCUGCUUGCAAGAAUAGUAACACAAAUAUUAUAGAAGCCAGUGAAGGGCAGUCAGUCACUCUAAGUCAGUGGUUCCCAAACUGGGGUUUGCAAACCCCUGGGAGUUCGCAGAAUGUUACAGGGGGUUCACCAGAAAAAUUUCACUAAUGGCAGCCACGGGACCCUGGGCAUUGGAGGCAGCAGGUGGGACCCGGUUGCAAGGCAGACAGCCCGAGCCCCAGGGAGAGCGGGGCAGGGCAGGUGCGGCUGGCAGCCCGAGCCCUGCCCCCGUGAGCGGGGGAGCCAGCCACCUGAAUCCCAGCGCUCCGCGCAGGGCUAGCAGCUCAAGCCCCAGGGAGAGCGGGGCUGGGCAGUUGGGGCUGGCAGCCCGAGCCCUGGCAGUCAGCAGGACCUGCAGCCGGAGCUCAGUUGACCAGGGCAGUCAACGGAGUCCAGCAGCAGGAGCCCUACAGAGUGCGGAGGAAAUUUAAACUUAAAUCCCUAGAAAUAUUCAUUUUUAGGAGGUGGUUCAUGAGAUUUGAUAAUUUAGUGAAAGGGGUUCAGGGUCUGUUAAAGUUUGGGAACCACUGUUCUAAGUCAUCUGCUUACAGAGGUAUUUGUUUUCUCUCAACACUGGCUGACAGCCCUGUGAUUCUUUCACAGUGUACUUUGGGACUUCCAGUUAGAGGGAAAACAGCAGGGACCCUUUCAGAUGGAGUACAGUCUUGCUACCAAGAGAACAGCUUGUUUAUGGAUAGUUACUUCCACAGUUUGAAAGAUUCAGCACCAGCCUGGUGAGCUAAGCACUGCAGUUAAAACCAGUACUGAAAACGAUCUCUCAGGCUUUGACGUACUGAAGUCUUGCCUCUGAGAUCUGCUGACAAAGAAAACUAGGGGUGGCAAUGGUGAAACAGCCCACAGAGAAAGACACCCCCCUACACAGCUCACCUGGAAUGGUCAGGCGGUCAUUCUAUAAACCCCUGUGGGUCUGUUAGUUCAGGGGAAGCAAAUGAGAAUGCUAGACAGCAGCUCAAGCUCAGUAGCCCCAGCUAUGACUACGUUAAUACCCAAUUUCAGAGGGAUACUGCACAGAUUAGUGAGAACAAUGCCCCAGACACAUGCUGAGUAUUAUUUAAAAGGAGAAGUUAUUUCAUAGUAAAAAGGAGCAUUACUGAUUUUCCACACCAGUUCUCUGCCCUGGACAAGUUGGCUGCAAGUGGUUUAUGAGCCUGAACCUAAAAUGCCUUUCAGUGAAAAACUUUUAUAUUUAAAGUACAAAAUGUAAGCACUAACAGCGUUUUAUUUAGUUAUACAGUAGGGGACCUACGUACAGCUAAUCGCAGGCACGGAGCUAGUGUUGAGUAUGGAAAUACUGUACUGUUUAAAAAAACUGCCAAUAGUCUUCUUUAACAGACUCUGCACAACGAUGGUUUAAACAAUUCACCUAUGGAGAUAACUCCCCUCACGCAGUUGCUGCAUACAAACCCAUCAUCGACUUCAAAGAGGGAUUUCUACAGCUGUUACACCAGGUUACUGUAACAAGCAGGUGAGGUUAGAUUCACAAGAGCAUUCAGGUGCCUGACACUUUUGGCACCUAAAUCCCAGAAUCAGGCCCUACUGGGAUUCACAACCCUGACCUCCACUCUGCUGCCCCCAACUGCAGUAUGUGCCUAACUCACCUGCAGGACCCAAUCCACUAAGCGUGUCCAAACUUUACCCACUAAAUCUGGCCCCUGUAAGUGAGGCACAGCAAUCACCACAGCUCGUUACUUUUAGCCCACUGCUUAGGCUACCCCCCAGCGAUGUGGGAGACACCCCAUUUGAGUGUCCCCGCUCCACCUGAGGGGAAGAACGGAUUUGAACUAGGGUCUGCCACCUCUCAGGUGAGUGCUCUAGCCACCAGGUUAUGGGAUAUUCUGAUGUGGAACUCCCUCCACCUCUGCAGUGAAGGCUUGUAUUUGCCUGUGAAUUUCACCUAGUGACCAUAUUGAUUAUUUUAGUUUUGCCAGCUGCUUUUCAUACAGCUGACCAGGCUGUAGGCUAUGUCAGGCAUUGACAGAGUUGUGUCCUGGUGGCUCCAUUUCUUUCCCUGGAAGAGAACCAUGAGAGUAGUAAUAAGUGACUGCUCUUUCAGAAUUUUCUCAACAGAAAAGGAUCAAGGCUCUAGUCCACAAAACACAAUACAUUCAGAAUUAGGGGCUAAAGCAACAUGGCCUGAUGUUGUCCCUGAAAAGAAAAAAAAAGUGUUAAUAUGGUCUAGAAGAGCAAUUUAGAGGCAACUUGAUAUUUGUUUAUUCUCCCUAGCAGUCACCAUAUCAAAUUUACUGUUUAUAAAUACAUCUUUCAGCACCAAGCUAGACUUGAUAUAAUAAAAAAAAUCUGUUCUCUGUUCCAUACAACAAUAAAACAUUCUUUGAUCAGAACAAAGUUGACAGGUUCUUAAAACAAGAGGAGGACUAAAAUAAAGCUUUAAUCCCUAUAGCUGUAUUAGUAUUGCAGGACCGUCAGUAACCAACAGCAUCAGCAAAGUCAGAUGGCUAUGCUGUAGCUGUGGUAGUGCACAGAAUGGACUUUCAUCUUGAAUGGUUCCUUGCAAGUCUUCUUCCUGCAGCAAGUGUCAAGAUGGAUGGAUUUAGGCUUUUUAAAUGCCUCAAAAUUGCAUCUUUCAACCUCAUUCAUAGCUGACCUCAUGCUCUAUUUUCUUCAACCUCAGCUCUGUCUACCUUCUGACUAAGCAUACCUUCUUCUGCACACUGGACAUGACACCAUCACUGCAGUCAUCUUGUUCUCAACUGGGGGAAGACUGAGACUCUGUGGGAUUAUCUAAGCAUCUCCUAAUUUGAGAUCAAAAAAUCAAGCCAACGUAUGAUAAGAACACUUUGGACACAGAAAACUGUUUAGUUUCCUCCCCUGAGCUGUUUUUCACACUACCAUGUUGAAUGUGUCAGUAACCAACACUCAGUAAAUUAAAAGUCACAACAGGAUUUGUCAGGAGAUAACAGCAGUCCCAUUCUUAUAACCACCACAUUUUUUAAAAGGAACACUGCAAGGUAAAAGGCUAUUUGGAAGAUUAUAGUGUUAGCUACACCACAUUUGAUUAUUAAACAAAGCAUUUUAAGAUUUAACUUAGCAGAAUGGCUGAAAUGUUUAGUCUCUGAAAUUCAGUUUGGGCAAUGAAGAUAAGACUACUUACUUCCACUCUUGAGUUCACAUUCAUUAGAAUUUAAACAGAAAGCUGGCCUUAACCUUUACUAGAAUACCACUUCAGUGUUUGGGCUGGGAAUAGUGCACAGAAAUGGCUGUCUAAAGAAACUGAUUCCACUGGAAUUUCUAAAAAAAAUUUUCAAGGAACAAGUUCUCAGGAAUUUAGGAUUUGUAAUAUUUUCCCCCUCAGAUGUAAACAAGUCUGAGGCUGAAUCUGACCUGCUAGUGUUCUUUUAACCAGCAUGGUUCUUUUCUAAUUUGCGCAACUAAUUUUUUUUUCCCCUUUAUAGUGGCAUGGGAAAGGUUGAAAUGCAUUAUAACGGGCCAGAGUCAGUGCUGUGCAGAUCAUUUCACAAUGUAGCAUGGAUUUAAAAAAAAAAAAAUCUGUCAACUUGAACAAGCUAGUGCAUAUGCUAUGUAGUUAAGGAAUUAAAAUAGGAGAUUCUAGACACAGAUGACUCAGCUUCAGCCCAAAGACAGCACAGCACGGCUGUAAAUCCAGAGCUUCAUGACCCAAUAUAUUAGCAAUCCAGCUAUUACACCUUGUGCAGUAAGCCCAUUUCCUAAGAAAUCCAUAAAAUUCUGGAUGAAAAUGUUAGCUUGCACAUGGAAACCAAUUCUGACUAGUCAUUUCAGUAAUUAAGUAUUCUUAAGGGUACCUAGUCAGAAAAAUGUCUUAUUUCUUAACUCUCAAGAGACCAAAAGCAGUAAGAGGACAAACAGACUUAUGAACUUCCUCAUUCCUGCAUUGCAUUCCCAGAUGAAGAAACCAUUGCAUCCUGGGUACCACCUGAUAACUUCUAAAUCUGGUAUCCGGAUUCCUUCCUCCUGUCUGAAGGUUUUUCAAACAUCUAUAAAGCUUUUUAAAAAGGCAAAUGAAUGUAUUAAAGCUACUAAAAUUGCUCUGACAAUCAUGACCAGCGUCUUGGAAAUCAUCUAUGACAAGGCUGAAACUGAGAAGCUGCUUUGGAAACUUUAAAUUGCACAUUUUCUCUUUGUACAUUUGGUAGCAUAGCAGUAAAGUUAAUGGAAUGCUCUAAUAACCAUUUGUAACAGCUUCAGAGAUAAAUGUCUCUGCUUUGCCUCAGUCUUAUUCCACCAGCAAGCAGGACAUCACUGGAACAAACUCUUUGUACAAGAACAAAUUUCAUUCACGCUUCAUGCAAGGACGCUGAAGAUGGUUUUGUCCUAUUUAGUACAAUAGCAAUUCAACCAUAUUCAGUACCAGUUCAGGGGAGCUGAAUUGUCAGCAAUGGGUCGAUUUCAUAGAGCAAAUUACUACUGUACUAUACUCUAGACACUUUCCUGUAAAUGCCUCU